CGUGUCUACUCAGUUAUAACUGAGUGUUUUGGUCGGAGAGACACGGAGAGCAGGAUGGCAGCCCUCCUGAAGCAUCCAGGAUAUGAGGAGGAGAAGCUGCAGAGGGUCGCAGACCAGAUCCCGUGCAGGGAGGUCCAAGCGGGGACACUGUUGUCUCUGAUGGGACAGCCAGAACAGUGCAGUUUUCCUUCCAUCUUCAUCUACGGUCAUCGAGCCACAGGAAAGAGUCACGUGAUGAAUGUUUUACUGAAGGAACUGGAGCUGCCUCACGCCACAGUCAGCUGUGUAGAAUGUGUUUCCGUCGGGCUGCUAUUUGAACAAGUGCUGCUGUCCUUCUUUGGCGGAGACGCUGCCUCCCAGCUCCCCCGCAGUCCGUCCCUGUCUGACUUUGUACGCAUCUACAGGCAGCAGUGCUCUCAGUCGGCUGCCAAGCAGACGCGAUACAUUGUAAUGGAAAAAGCCGAGCUUCUGAGAGACACAGAUGCCAAUCUCCUCCCUGCUCUUCUGCGUCUUCAGGAACUGGUUGAGGACAACGUCUCCGUCAUCCUCCUCAGUGAAAUCGUCUGGGACAAGUUCAGACCCAACACCGGCUGCUUCGAGCCCAUUCUGCUCCAUUUCCCCGACUACAGCAAAGGCGAGCUGCAUCAGGUCUUGUCCCAGGACAGACAUCCUUCAUAUUCGGCUGAGUUUUACUCCUCCUACAUCAACAUCCUGCUGGGAGUCUUUUACUCCGUCUGUCGAGACCUCAGAGAGCUACGCCACCUGGCUGCCCUUAAUUUUUCCAAGUUCUGCGAGCCGUUGGCAGAAGGAAAAGCUAAAGAGAGCGACACACACAAGCUGUGGAAAAACAUUGAGCCUCAUCUGAAAAAAGCCAUGCAGACAGUGUACCUUCGAGAGGUGUCCAGCCUUCAGUGGGAACAGAUGCAGGAAAUGGAGGAGCAGGAAACCAAAGCCAUGAGAGGUUUAUCUGCUCACACUCACGUUGAACUUCCUUAUUACUCCAAGUUUCUGUUGAUCGCUGCCUACCUGGCGUCAUACAACCCCGCCCGCACAGAUAAACGCUUCUUCGUCAAGCAUCACGGCAAAAUAAGAAAAACAAAUUUCCUGAAGAAAAAUGAAAAGACUAGUAAUCACCUACUGGGGCCCAAACCGUUUGCUCUGGACCGACUGCUCGCCAUUUUCUACAGCGUGGUCGACAGCAGAGUCGCACCCACCGCCAGCAUCUUCUCUCAGAUCUCCUCUCUGGUGACCUUACAGCUGUUGAGUCAGGUCAGUCAUGACGACCAGCUCGAUGCCCCCAAGUACAAAUGUGCUGUUUCCAUGGACUUCAUCUGCGCUAUAUCCAGGACGGUGAACUUUGAUAUUGUGAAGUAUCUGUACGACUUCCUGUAAGCCUGCUGCGCUCAAAGGAGAGACGACACACGUGUGACAGUAAGAGGA